AUGGUAACACAAAUGUCAGCGGUGAGCGCCGCUUUCGCCCUCCGCUCACUGCCUUUCCUCUUCCUGCUCCUCGUCGCCAACAGCAAAGCCACCAUGCUAAACAUCACCAACCGAUGCUCCUACACCGUGUGGCCGGCCGCUGUGCCAAUCGGCGGUGGCGUGCAGCUCGACCCGGGGAAGUCAUGGACCCUCAACGUAUCCGGCCUCACCUCCAGCGGACGCCUAUGGGCGCGCACCACGGGCUGCUCAUUCGACGGCAAAGGCGACGGUUCAUGCCAGACGGGCGACUGCGGCGGCACGCUCGCCUGCACGGACUACGGCCAGCCGCCGGUCACGCUAGCCGAGUUCACGACCGGCCAGGACCAGAUGGAAGAUUUCUUCGAUAUCUCCCUCGUCAACGGCUUCAACGUGCCCAUGGAUUUCCUGCCGGUGCCAGCAAAGGGAGGGCCAGGGUGCAGCAAGGGGCCGCGCUGUGAAGCCAACAUAACGUCGCGGUGCCCGACUGAGCUGCAGGCUCCGGGAGGCUGCAACAACGCGUGCAUCGGGAACGGGACGAGCAACUGCGAACCCACCACCUACACCGUCUUCUUCAAGCAUAUGUGCCCGGACGCCUAUACCGACUACAACGACUCUACUUGCCCGACGGGAACCAACUACCAGGUCAUCUUCUGUCCCCCGUUCAAUCUAACAGUUGCACCGGCACCCGCGAGCUCUCUGCCUGCACCUAUUGGGCCAUCGUGCAAGAGGCUGAAAUCCUCUGUCCUAAGAAGCCAUGCUGUGAUUAUAAUAGCUCCUGUGGGUGGUUUCAUUUUGCUCGCGGUAUUGGUUACAAUCAUUUUCUUCACAUGUAAAUGUAACCAAAGUGCAAAACGGCACCAGGAGAUGGAGGAAGAGGAAGAGUUUGGUGAGCUACAAGGAGCACUAGUAAGGUUCACAUUUCAGCAACUACAGGUAGCAACCUGGCAAUUCGCAGAAAAGCUUGGGGAAGGAGGAUUUGGGUCUAUUUUCAAGGGGCAAUUUGGUGAAGAAAGAAUCGCUGUGAAACGUUUGGACCAAGCUGAGAAAUCUCAUAGGCUCUUGGUAUACGAGUAUAUGCCCAAGAGGUCCUUGGAUAGGUGGAUUUAUAGUCGACGUGACAAUAAUGCUCCUCUUCUGGAUUGGAGCAUGCGAUGCAAGAUUAUUACUCACAUCGCUAAGGGUCUCUCUUAUCUUCAUGAAGAGUGCACAAAAAGAAUUGCUCAUUUGGAUGUCAAACCACAAAACAUCCUCUUAGAUGAUAACUACAAUGCAAAACUUUCUGAUUUUGGACUAUGCAAGCUCAUUGAUAGAGAUAUUAGCCAAGUGGUUACUCGAAUGAGAGGCACGCCUGGAUAUUUAGCUCCUGAAUGGUUGACAUCACAAAUCACAGAAAAGGCUGAUGUUUAUAGCUUUGGUGUCGUGGUCAUGGAAAUCAUUUGUUCGAGAAAGAACCUUGACAUCUCUCAAUCUGAAGAAAACAUCCAUCUUAUUACACUAGUGGAAGAAAAAGUGAAGAGUGGUCGGUUGGUAGAUUUGAUUGACAAGAGCAGUACCGACAUGCAAGCACACAAGCAAGAUACUGAGUGCAGAAACAGACCUAAUAUGUUCGAUGUUGUAAAAUUAUUGGAAGGUGGUGACAUGAAAGCAAACACUAACAUAAGUAAUAACUUUGUUGCAACAAGUCCAACAAAGUUUGGCAUGGCUGGAAAUCUGAGCUACUCAGAUUCACCUUAG